GUUCUCGAGAGUUGGGUCUGCUUUUCGGGUUGACUGCUCGGACCAGGCUUGGAUCUACUAGCUUGUCAACUACCGAUACUUCCCCCUUACUAGCUCUUGUUCAGCAAGAUCAAACGACACGUCUAGGUCGAACAGCGCGGACCAUCGGGAGGGUGUGAAUGUGAAUCCCUUGCUUCGAGGAGGCGAGCGAAACGGGACCUCGACCGCACAGUGGCCACCCACUCACCGCACUUGAUCCUCUUCCAUUCUCUUUCCAGUUUCCUCUCGUCUUGACGGAAUUGAUUUCCUCUGUCUCACGAGUCACAACUGUCUUGUGCUUAAGGUUUGAACCUUAAAGUGUGGUGGUCGAUCCAGGUUGCUUGUCGUCAGCCUGUCACGAACGAUACGCCGAACUCAGCUGGUGAUCGACUAUAGCGUGACGCACUCGCAGCGGGCAGACACAAUGCCUCCCAGUGGUUCGUCGUUUACGGCAUUGAACCUGCCAUCAGGAUUCAUCCUCCCCCGAUGCAUGGAGUACUUCACUGUGACUGCGGGGCCCAACACGGAUCUCUGGCGCAAGCCGGGGGGCCCAGACACCGCCACCGCGCCCAUUGUCUUCACCUCCCUGCGGCGCCGGUUUGAGAUGGCCGAGGUGACAGUGACGGCAGACUGGGAGAUGGAAUGGGACCAAGGCGGACUGGUGAUCUUCGCGGGGGCGGCGCCGCAGUCAUCAGAGGACGUAUCUCCGAUUCAUCAUGUACCGCCGCUAUCAUCAUCAUCACCACCACCACCACCACCACUCGGAGUAUCUCCUGCCGCAACUCGCCUCGGGACAGCCCCGCGGCCCAGACCUCGACCCGGGAAAUGGGUCAAAGCCGGCAUGGAAUUCUGUUCCGGCACGAUGAAUAUCUCGAGCGUCAGCGCCACGGCCGACGGGGCGGACUGGUGCGCCUCGCCACUGGAGCACGGCCGGCCGGCCAUGGUGCACUCGCUGCGCAUCAAGCUGGAGCGCGUCGGCCACGCCCUGUGGAUCUGGUACCAGGUGCCCGCCGUGAUGACUCCCGGUGCGGUGCUGGAUGGGGUGUGGCGCAAGUUGCGCGAGGUCACCUGGUUUUUCUACGGGGUGGAGGAUAAGUUCGUGCACGUGGGGGUGUACGCCAGUCGUCCGAACCGACUGUCGCGCAGCGCGACGAUGUGGGAGACGAUGAACGGGGAUGGGAUGGAGGGGAUGGGAGUGGCUGAUGGGUUGGUAGUGGAGUUUGAGGAUUUGGAGAUUUCUUAGUUUUGCUUUGCUGGUUUGCCCUAUGGCGAUGAGGUCCAUUGCUGUUGCA